AUGAAGCAACAUAAACAUUACUUAUCAAGAUGUCAAUUCGCCAUAACUACAAAGUUGAGAAGAAAUUUUGUUUCAAUUCCUUUAGUAAUUUCGGAAGAAAUACAACAAACUUUGAAUGAUAAACAGAAGCCAAUUGUCUCCUUAGAAUCAACAAUUAUCACUCAUGGAUUGCCCUAUCCUGAUAAUUUAUCUAUGGCAACUGAAGUGGAGAGAAUAAUUAGGGCCAAUGGUGCAGUUCCAGCUACAUGUGCUUUUAUAGAGGGAAUACCGUAUGUUGGAUUAACAUCACACCAACUUGAAUAUUUAUCCGAACAGGCUUCAAAGAAGGAAAUAAAUAAGGUUUCUCGUCGGGAUAUUGGAUAUACUAUGGCCAAUAAGGUAAACGGUGGUACCACCAUUGCACUGACAAUGAUUUUAUCUCAUUUAGCAGGAAUCAAAGUAUUCGCUACCGGUGGAUUAGGGGGAGUUCAUAAAGACGGGCAUUUAACAAUGGAUGUUUCUGCUGAUUUAACUGAAUUAGGCAGAACUCCAGUAUCUGUCGUAUGCGCCGGACCAAAAUCAAUUUUGGAUAUUGGUUUAACUAUGGAGUAUUUGGAAACACAAGGUGUCUUCGUUGGCACGUAUAACGAUAAUAAUAGAACCAGGAUUGAAAUCCCUGGCUUUUACUGUCGUGAUUCAGGAAUUCAAUCGCCAUAUUCAUUUAAUUCAUUUGUUCAAGCUGCGUCAAUAAUUCAUAGUCAAAAUAAUUUGAUGUCUUUAAAGUCUGGGAAUGUCUUUUGCAUCCCCCCACCUGAGGAUUCAGCCUUGCCUUCGGAACUUAUUAAUAAUAUAAUUGAAAAAGCUAAUGAAGAAGCAAAAGAAAAAGGUAUAAGGGGAAAAAAUUUAACCCCAUUUUUAUUAAGCAAAAUUGCUAAUGAUACUAAGGGAAAAUCAGUUGAAUGCAACAUUAAUUUUGUCUACAAUAACGCUGUAUCUGCAACUAAAAUUGCUAAAGAAUUACUUUUAUUGGAAAAUAAUAGUGAGCCUAAUGUAUGUUAUUAA